AUGAAACUCACAAACAUAAUCCUCACACUAUUCAGCUUCAUCACGAUCGCCGCCGCAAUUCCAGCCCCCAUCCCCGCAACCUCCACAAAUCCCCACCUCCUUCAACCCCGCGAACUAACCAAACCAGAGGCUCAAGGAUCCCUCACAAAACGCGGCAACAGUUGUCCAAAUCUAAUCUUAGACGUUCAAGUCUGUAUCGACGCCAUCAUCGCCAUAAAUAACAAAUAUUCCGCCAGGAAACCCUACACCAAAGCCGCUUGCCGAAGCUGGGCUGGCGAGGUAAUCAUAAAACUCAAAGCAUUGAUCACAGUGAUCACCGCCUACCCAUCCAGGUGUCGUAGUACAUUCCCACCGAUCAAUGUCUGCGCCAGCAUAUUUGUGAAGUUACUAGUUACGAUAUUUGUCCAACUCGAGGUUUUUGUUAAUGUUGGGGGGCUACUAGGAAUAGUCAUUCUCAACAUCGAUUUACUAUUGGCGCUUCUACUGGGACUCUGCGGCGAUAUGUUGAACGUUAUAGUAACAUUAUGCGUACUAAUCGAAGCUAAGAUUAAAGUCGGAAUUUGUGGAUUGAUCAUACAGGGUUGUGGUGGUUUGGUCCAUGGUCUUUAUCUUCAAGUCCUUAUCAAGUUGUUAGUUCAGGUGGGGCUUUCGAUUAAUUUGUGA